AUGUACCCUUCUUCCUACGCCAGACUAUGGAACCCCGUUCGGGGCAUCGUCUUCGGCCAAGCAAGGCAGGACGAGGCAUCACAUCCGCGUGUGGACAUGUUGCGUUCUCUGCACACCACAACGCCAGACAACAGCCAGCCCGCAGCCGCGACGAGAACGAGUGACGAGAUUGCUGAUUCCGAUAGCGAUGAUCCCCCUUUCUAUACCGCUCCGGAGUACCAGCCAGUUUUAGGCAAAGUUCCCACUGCUCAGGCGCCCCGAGCAGACAGCGGAGGGGCCGCAAAGGAGGGCAAGGUUGAGGCCGAGGUUGCGGCGACGACAGCACCAGCGGAACCCCCGCUCACAAGCCUGGACUUCAAGGUUCCUCUACCAGCAUUCCGCAAAGCUCAGGGGGCGAAAGAGAACAUGGCGGAAUCAUUCUGGUCUUACACACUCUAUCGAGGGGCCCCGGUGGAUGGGGCCGAGCAAAAAGUCAAGGUGCACUAUUGCAAGACCAAACACACAAUGGAGAGAGUAUGUCAAUACUUUGUGGACGACGCAGUUCUUGGGUUUGAUCUCGAGUGGUUUCCAGAUGCCAAGAGGUCCUCGGGUCCGAAAAAGAACGUAUCUCUGAUCCAGAUUGCCAACGAGAAGCGGAUCGCUCUCUUCCAUAUUGCCUUGUUUCCCAACGACGACUUUGUUGCGCCAACCUUCCGGAAGAUCAUGGAGGAUUCGGAUUUGCGGAAGGUGGGCGUGAAUAUCAAAGGCGACUGUACGCGAAUACGAAACAACUUGAAGGUCGAUACAAGGGGUGUCUUCGAGCUCAGCCACUUGUACAAGCUUGUCAAAUACUCGGCAAGUGGUGAAGUGGAACUAAUCAACAAGAGGCUUGUACCUCUGGCUACAAUGGUCAAGGAACACCUCGGUCUGCCCAUGUUCAAGGGGCAGGAUGUCCGGUCGAGUGACUGGUCCCAGUCCCUGAACAUGGACCAGCUUAUGUAUUCCGCUUCGGAUGCGUAUGCCGGCUUCCAGCUAUUCCACGUUCUCAACGAGAAGCGCGAGAGUCUCGAUCCUACUCCGCCGCUUCCGUACAAUGCCGAGCUCGGCCUGAGCAUUCGGUUUGCAGAUGGCGUCACCCUCCCGACAACAGACGAGAAUGCCGAAGCUGUGGAUGCCGACCAGCGCAAUAUAUCUGCGCCGCUGUCGGCCUCGGAGUGUCAAGCCAUCAGGGACAGUCUUGAAGUUGAGGCAGACGGCGAGGGGCAGUCAAUCGCCGAAAGCAUCAGAGCCGCACCGGCCGCUCCGCCCCGGAAGCGCCAAAAGGACGCCAGGGUCGUUGCCGCCGACGAGAAGCUAGCCAGCUACCGUGCUACCAUCAGAUACCUCCGCGCCUCGCCUUCCGCUGUACGAUCGUACUACAUUUGGAAGGACAACGACAAUCUUACUCCCGAGGCCGUCGCCAAGGUCCUCCGAGACCCCCCGCUGCAGACGAACACGGUCGUGAGUUACAUCCUGGAGGCUCUCAAGUUGGAGAAGCUACCAUUCGACAAGAAGCGGCUGCGGGACGAGAUUUUGUACACGCUACCAAAGGAGGUUCUACAGGGCCGGUACAAGGCUUUGAUGCUGGAGGCUAACAAACCCGAUACCGGGGGUUCUUCUUUGGCUACCUGA